UCUUCCGGAAAAUGUUUGAUAGGUAGAAAAAACGGAGGGAUAACGGAGUAGAAAAAAAACGGAGUAGUUUUUGAAGGUCCUGUAAUUUCCGCAAAUUUAUGCAUUUUAGUACGAGGGUAGGUAUGUUAGGGGUACAUUGUUUUAGGCUUGCUUUGCGAUUCAGUAAGUGUGAAAAAAAACCUGUCGUGUUCGGAGUGCAUGCUACUUUUAUUUUAUUAAUCUAAUCUUUACGCAGAUUUAGCUCUUCUAAUUAAUCCAACUCGUUCCAUAUUUUGUUUUGCUUGCCAUCACAACGUCAAAGCCGUUCAAAUUCGACGAGGUAUGGACAACAAUGCUGCUAUGCUCUUUCGUCCACCUAAUGAAAUGUUACAAAAAAUGAGUCAAGAAUUGUUCAAAAUUGGAGAAAUUGUUAAAUUCCAAGCGUGGCAAUCAUCAAGUUUUCAGCGACUUCGAAAGGAUGCUUCUUAUGAAAAUUAUUACAAACAAUUGCUUUACAAAAAUAGGGAUGUUAUUGCGACAAAACAGCGUGAAUUGGAGAAGGCUAACAGAGAGAUUCAGCAAAUGGCUGCUUUACUUGAGGACCAUAAAAAGGAAAUUCGUCAAUUAAAGAAUAACGCAACUAUUUGUAUUAUGUCCGAUAGCUCUAUUAUGAUGCCGCCUCCAAUUAAACGCCAGAAAUACCCAACAUUGAAUGGACCUUCUCCUUUUAGUACGCCUCUUUCUUUUUGUGAUUGCAAGACUAGCACUCCGGUAAAAUUUUUUGUUAGUUUUGUUUAA